CGGUGAGUGGCAAAAGUGCAAAUAUUUUCAUUAUUUCUUUUGCCAAUGCCAACAAAAAUACAAUUAAUUAUUAUUGGUGCUGUGAUAUGAACCUUUUAACAACCUUCAUAUACCUAUUAUAGUUAAUUAUAAAUUAAGUGACCGGCCUGGAAUGUGAAAGGACGAAAAAUGGCUUUAAAGAAAGUUAAAGGCAACUUCGAACGCAUGUUUGAUAAAAAUCUAACAGAUUUAGUCCGAGGAAUCAGGAACAAUAAAGAAAAUGAGGCGAAAUACAUUUCACAAUGCAUGGAAGACAUCAAACAAGAGCUAAGGCAAGACAACCUAUCUGUAAAAAGCAAUGCUAUUGCGAAACUCACUUAUCUCCAAAUGCUUGGCUAUGACAUCUCAUGGGCUGGCUUCAACAUAAUAGAGGUCAUGAGCUCUAAUAAGUUUACUCUAAAAAGAAUAGGCUAUUUAGCGGCCAGUCAAUCAUUUCAUUGUGAUUCUGAGCUACUUAUGCUUACUACAAAUAUGAUAAGAAAAGAAUUAAACUCACAAAACCAAUAUGAAGCCGGCCUUGCUUUGACAUCUCUUAGCUGUUACAUUAGCACUGAUUUAGCUAGGGAUUUGUCAAAUGAUAUUCUUACUUUGUUAAGUUCUACAAAGCCUUACAUAAGAAAAAAAGCAGUCCUUAUGAUGUAUAAAGUAUUUUUGAAAUAUCCUGAAGCCCUCAGGCCUGCUUUUCCUAGGCUCAAGGAAAAAUUAGAAGAUCCAGAUCCAGGCGUUCAGUCGGCUGCAGUGAAUGUUGUUUGUGAAUUGGCGAGGAAAAAUCCAAAAAAUUAUUUAAGUCUAGCACCUGUAUUUUUCAAACUUAUGACUACCAGCACUAAUAACUGGAUGUUGAUCAAGAUUAUUAAACUUUUUGGUGCUCUUACUCCUCUAGAACCUAGGCUAGGUAAAAAGUUGAUAGAACCCCUAACAAAUUUGAUUCACAGCACUUCUGCAAUGAGUUUACUUUACGAAUGCAUUAAUACUGUAAUUGCGGUGCUCAUAAGUAUAUCCUCUGGAAUGCCAAAUCAUGCUGCAAGUAUACAACUUUGUGUGCAAAAAUUAAGAAUACUUAUUGAAGAUUCCGAUCAAAAUUUAAAAUAUUUGGGGCUAUUAGCAAUGUCAAAAAUCUUGAAAACCCAUCCAAAAAGUGUACAAGCUCACAAAGAUUUAAUUUUACAAUGUUUAGAGGACAAAGACGAAUCUAUAAGACUUAGAGCCCUAGAUUUACUUUACGGAAUGGUAUCCAAAAAAAACCUAAUGGAAAUCGUCAAAAAACUCAUGGUCCACAUGGACAAAGCUGAAGGCACUGUGUAUAGGGACGAAUUACUUAGUAAAAUUAUUUUAAUUUGUUCCCAAAACAAUUAUCAAUUUAUCACAAAUUUUGAGUGGUACAUUACGGUUCUAGUGGAGUUGGCUCAAAUGGAAUUUGGAUCUAAGCAAGGUCACGUUAUUGGGGCUCAAUUAAUGGAUGUUUGUAUACGAGUUCAAGCUAUACGAGCUUUUGCUGUAACUGAAAUGGCCCAGUUGCUUGAUAUUUAUACUUCCACUAAUCAAUUUACAAUUAUGCAGGAAGUUUUAUAUGCUGCUGCUUGGUUAACUGGAGAAUUUGCUACUGAACUAGAACAACCAGAACAAACCCUCCGUUGCAUGCUAAAAUACAAAUGUUUACCUCAGCAUAUCGAAUCUGUCUUUAUUCACAAUAUAAUUAAACUUUUUGCUCAUGUUAUGGAAAAAUAUGAGUUGGCUGGAAGGUUUGAUGACAUUUUGGAGCUUUGCGAUGCUAUUUUAGCAAAAAUGGAUGAUAGUAUCAAGUCUGCUGAGUUGGAAGUACAGGAGAGGGCUAGUACGGCUCUGAUUAUUAUUAAUAUUGUCAAAGAGGAAAUUUUAGCUAAAAAAAAUUCUAAAUUGAUGGAUACAGGAGAAGACCCACAGCCAGAUGAGUUAGUUGCAAGUGAAAUUUUGAGUUUGUUCAGUGGAGAAUUGAAUCCGGUAGCUCCUAAAGCCCAGAAAAAGGUGCCAGUGCCUGAAGGAUUGGAUUUGGAUGCCUGGAUAAACGAGCCAAUAGAAACAACUUCAGAUUCGGACAGUGAGCCUGAAAACACAGAAAAUUUGUUUGUCAAAUCUGACAAAUACGACUAUGGAAGCAAAUCUGAAAAGUAUCAACAUGAGCCAACAGAAGAUGAGAUCAAAAAGAAUCGUGAAGCUCGUAAAUUUGAACAACAAAACAAUCCUCAUUACCUCAAAGGCAGUUUGUCAUCUGAGCUUAACAGCAGCAAUGGCAACGAAAAUAUCGAAAACAUUCCAGUAGCUGAAUUGAAUCUCAACAUACCGCCUCUGAAAAUUUUAGGUCAGAAACGAUCAGAUAAAUAUUUGAAAUUGCAGCAAAAGGAAAAGAAACCGAAAAAGAAAAGCAAGAAGAAGAAGAAACAUCACAAAUCAGAGAGUUCAUCAGAUGAUGAUAAUGCUGACACAGUUCCUGCAGUAGAAGUAAAACAACACAUGGAGCUUCCAGAAGGUGCCACUUUGUCGGAUUCCGAAAGCGAGCAGCAUAAAUUGGAUGAUCCGCACAGGGCUUUGGAUAUUGAUCUUGAUUUGCCUUCUAUUGGUGAUAUGUUAGCAAGGAAAGAUGGUGAUGAAUUCGAGACAGAUAAGAAAGAGAAGAAGAAAUUGAAGAAAAAGGAUGAGAACGUUAAGGAUAAAAAAUCUGAUAAACACAAAUCAGAAAGACGAAAAAAAGGAAAAGUUGAGAAUUUAUUGAAACUAGAUUUGAUCAAUGAUGAUGAGGAAGUUAAAAUCGAACAAAAGACUAAGAAAGUGAAGAAAGAUAAGAAGAAAUCCAAGGAUAAGGAUAAAGAAGGUAAAACAAAAACAAAAAAGUCAUCUUCAGGCUAUGAGGAAGCUUUAGGAAUAUCGACGCCAACUAAAGAAAAUUACCCAAGCUAAACUGAAAGAUUUACAAGCAUUGAUUUUAAGCCAAACAAAAAAAAACAUUGAAUAAGUUUGAAAGUGUAUUUAAACAUAUUUUUGAAAAAUCUACCCUAUACUUAUUCAGCGUUUUAUGUUCUUCCUUUUGCUUUCAUGUGUUUUUUUUUAUCAUAUCAUAUUUCUUGACGCUUUUAAUCGGUGCAUAAUCAUUUUUUGUUCUGUAAGAGUGUACCCGUAAUGAUUGGAAGCUCUAAAUGCCUAUUAUCGUUAUCUGUUAUUACAAAAAAAAUAUAUCGUCGAAUAAUCUUACUUUUAAAAUAUAAAUAAUAAAUUAUGUACAAAAACUGUUUUUAA